UGAAGUUCACACAGCCAAUGUGUCAGUCCAUUGGCAGGCUGUCAGUUCAGCCACUUCCUGUAAACACAGAAAAAUAAGAGUGAGGUAAAGCAGAGACAACCAGGACAGAAAGACAGAAAGAAAAGCUUGUUUCUACAGAAAGAGACACGAGGAGGGAGAGUCAUGGACGCGGCAGGUGUAUUCGUGCUGUUAGUGUUCCUGCCUGUUUCCUCUGCUGAGAUGUUUUUCACAGAGCCGGUCAUCUGCUACUUCCUGGAUGCGUUCCUGAUUGUUUACUGCAUCGGUGCCACUGCGCUCUUCUUCAGAGAGAAAUUUUCCUUCCUAGCUGCGGCUGCUGGAGAGCCUAAAGAAGAAUGCAUUUACCAGGAGCUUGACAGACCAACGGAUUCUGAUCCUUACCAGGUGCUUCAACCAGCAAAAAGAAAAGCAAAAGCUGGCAAGAAAAAGAAAUCUGGGUCGCCUCCAGCUGUGCAGGAUAAAGAUCCCUAUGAGUCUCUGCUCUCCAACGGAUCAUCUCCUCCUGCGCCGUCUCCCCACUGAAGUCCUGCACCUUCAACAGACUGCUAAUAGAUCUGAAACAAUUACAUAAUAAACUGAUCCAAAGACAAUUGGGCGAGUAUUUGGAUGAUCAAUUCAUCUUUUUAAUAAUACAUCAAGCAAAAAGCUCUCGAGCUUCUCAAAGAUUUGCAUUUUCUUAGCUGUAAGUGAAUUUAAAGAAAUCCCCCUUCCACUAUAUUGUAAUGAGCCUUUUUUUCAUAUUACAUUUAAUAAAGCUAAUAACAAAAAUGAAAAUUGAAUUAAGAAAAUAAUUAACUACUUCAAGCUCCUAGAGCCGGAGACUAAACUCUCACAUUUACAUAUCUAACAGCAACUAUGAGGCUGUAAGCAGUGGUUGCUAACAUGCUAAUGCUAACAAUGCACGCUAUCAUUUAUCAAUUAGCUUAGCACAAAGUACAGUAGCAGCUAAUAGGAAGGCUUUUAGUUAUAAAGGUACGUUUAGAGCUUAUAGUGGCGCUAUAGGAAGAGCAUGGCUCCUGUAUAUUGUGUGAGUGAAUACCAAUAAAAGUCGAAGCACAUGUCAAAACA